AUGGGUCGCGAUUCGGUUAAACGUGUCCAUUCCGGAGACCGUCGCUCGAAGAGGUCUCGCGGCCACUAUCCACAAAAAUAUUCAGUUGUGAAGCCUUAUAGGAAAAGAACGCGAGCUGAACGUUCCUCGCUUAGCAGACAUCGAUCGAGAUCCCGUGAAGCACGAAAAUAUCGAGGCGAAGAGAUUGGCGGCGAAUGUGGUCCGAGAGGCUCGUCACGUCAUGGUUGCCACCGUCUCACCAAGAUAUACCAAAAAUCGAGGGAACGUCGCUCGAGAAAAUCUAGAUACGACAAGCAUGGCGGUGAGCGACACACGAGAGUUGCGCCUCGUCAUAGCCGUCAUCGUUGCCUGACACCUCUAAGGUUGCGACCACGCCGCUAUUCAACGUCCUCGUCUUACGGCGCAUCAUCUUCAUCAUCUUACACCUCGGAGAAAACAUCUCCGGGAAGAGGUGGUUCCUUGCUCAAUAGCCGAGCAAGGAAACACAACCAGGCUCAUAGUCGACGUCAACGUAGCUCAUAUAGCUUAACAUCUGAGGAACGUGAACGCAGCCAAUCGCAAAGUCCGCCGCCCGAGAUUAUGGAUAGAAAAGAGGGCGACACUGCCCUGCCACUCGAAACAAUGAAUCAUUUAGCUGGAGUAAAGACUCGUUUUAGGUCCGGAGAUACACACGUCUUUAGCUGA